GGGUAAGCGUACGAAUCGGUCGUGUCGCGUCGCGCCGCCUCGUCCCCGGCACGUCAGUCGGUCUCGCGGGCUGUUCUCGGUCUCCUCCGCACUCUCUGGGUCAGUUUGUCGAGGUGGUUUACCCGACUGAACGCGCGACGCUCUUGGUGCCGCAGCUCUACGGGACAGGUCCCAGUAUACUCGUCGUGAACGCGCGAGACACAAGCAGAAGGAUAAACAACGUCGAACGAAAGCAUCAUCUGCCCCGAAACAUCCUGGAUCUUCCCUCCCGCGUUUGUCGACGCCCUGGACCCGGUCUCCGCUGACUCAAUCCCUCCCGUUUCAUCUGGUUCUUGCCCUCUACGCCGCGUCCACGGUGGUCCUGCACACGGUAGCCCGCCGUUUAUCGAGCGUGCACGUGCUCUCCGAGUCGCCUCUGCCUUUGCGCUCUCCGCUGACACGCUUUUAGCGAACCGACGGGGUCGCGCUUACACUCUAGCAAAGCGCGCAUCCCCUUCCGGAUCUGCCGGCGUCUUCCGUUCGCUUCCCCCGGAUCUUCUUUCUCCCAUGCUUGCUAGCUUCUUCAACUGGGAUGUUCCGAUUCUAAGGGACCAGUGGGAACCAAUGCACGCGACCAACCACCAGUGACUCUCGGGGCCAGCUACGAUCGAUCGCGUUGCGAACUGGAUCGGGAUUCGACAACCGGUUGCUGUUGUUGUUUGGUGUUCGCCGCGUGACUCUGUGAGUGUGCUGACCGUGUGUGAGGAUCACCAUCGAAGGGAGAUCGGUUCUCGAUAGGAUACGGAUCGGAGCAGUACGGUGGUGCGACGAAUGUGGUGCGUGAAGUAUUGAACCGCGGAUUUUCGUUGCGGAGUACGGCGAGCUGCUGACACUUAGGCGACGAGGAUGGCCGGCGAACGCGAGUGGAGUAUCUUCCGCAGGACUAUGGAGAAGGACGCGAUCGCGGCGAUCUUUCUGCUCGCCGCGCUGCUGAUCCCGCGUUGUGUUGAAGGAAGCAACGAGCCGUGGCUGAGGAGCGAGAAGCGGGCUGAACUCGGCACAGAGGUGCAGCUGCCGUGCGUUCUGAAAUCACCCCAGUGCAAAGGGCUCCACAGCAUCAAAUGGUAUCGCGGCACGACGCGUAUCUUCAUUUUCAGCGAGGACGGCGGGAUAACGCGCAGCAACAACGACAUCGCCGUCAGGUCGGACAUAGAGUACACAACGAAUUCGACGAAGGCAUACCUGAAGAUUACGAACGUCACAAUAGAGGACGAAGGAUUGUAUAAAUGCGAGGCUACGUACUUGACAGUGAAUCGAGAGUGCAAUAAUGUGCAGCAUAUUAUACUCAACGUCACUGUGCAUCCGAAGUCUGUACGUGUCAUCGACGAGAGUACAAAGAACCCGUUAAGCACCGGCACUACUUUGGGGCCUAUUAUCGAGGGCUCGAUGAUUUCGUUGUACUGCGAAAGCGGCAAAGGGAAACCAGUGCCUUUGGUCGAAUGGUUUAAAGACGACCAACCGCUGGAAGCAACCAGCUCAACGACGAUCGGUGACAACGGGAUAGGUACUGGCAGUAGCCUGCUGCAGAUGCAAAUCACGCGCGAGGAGCUGGGCGCAACUUUCACGUGUAAAGUCAACAGUACAGCGCUCGUUGAACCCCUCACCGUCGACAUCAAACUGGAUGUUCACUUCCGACCGUUGAAGAUGGAUUUAUACGGGGUUGUGGGCCACGUCUUGCGAGGAACGAACAUCUUGCUGCAGUGCAGUGUACAAGCGGUGCGACCCGCGGCAAAUGUCACCUGGCAGAACGGGACCGAGUACUUGGACAAGAGCAACGACAGAUUCGGUAUAUUCGAAACGAAAGUGCAGGAGAACGACAACGGCACGUCGGAAACCAUAAGUUACUUGGCUUUUACCGCUUCGGAGUACGACAACGGUAGAACGUUCAAGUGUUACGCCGAAAACUCGGUCACACGGUACGAAAACCUGGAACCAAUGAAAGAGUCAACAACGAUUGAAGUUUUAUAUCCACCGAUAGUCAAAAUGAAAACGCAGAACAUCACUGUCAACGAAACCGAAGAUAUACUAAUAUUUUGCGAUUACGAAGCGAAUCCAGCCACUUUAACAGCAGUAACGUGGUUACGGGACGAUAAGGAAAUAGUUUUAACUGAAGACCAUUAUGAAGGCGGCAUCACGGAGCAAACAGCACUCACCGUGAAAAAUGCAUCUGCCAACGAUAUGGGCACUUACAGAUGCAUCUUGAACAAUACAGUGGGUGCAUCCAUGUCGGAAGAUUUCGUUGAAGUUUCCGUUUUAUAUAAACCCGUGGUCGAAGUGAUAAUGGAUCCAGAGACGCCCGUGAACGAGGCGGACCGUUUGAACGUCUCUUUGACCUGCGAAGUUGUUUCUGGAAAUCCAGCAAGCCUGACCUCUGUCCGAUGGUACUUGGACGGAGACCUGCUGAAAGAACUUCCGGAUUGCACGAGGAAUAGCACCGCGACCACCACAACCACUGAGGAAUCUUUAAUUUUCUGCGAUAUUGAUCCGAGCAAGCUGCUGCUGGAAGCAGUAGGUCGUUCCUUUCACGGGAACUACUCUUGCGAGGGCAGAAACGACGCUGGCUGGGGACCACUUUCACCGAGUGCGCCUGUCAUAGUCCAUUACAAACCUGGCCCGGCUUCGAUCUCGUACGAACCUCAGCAGGUAAUAAAGAAGAGGCCAUUGACCAUCACAUGCUUCGUCCUGGACCCGGGACGGCCGAAGGUAGUUGGGUUUAAAUGGUUACGAGGCCUUCACAGGCUUCCAGAUGUGAAUGGGACUACCCUCACCAUCGACUCGGUUAAUUUGGAAACUGAAGCGAACUUUACUUGUCUCGCUUACAAUGAGGCCGGCGACGGGGACCCGGCCACCACGUUUAUCGACGUAUCUGCGGCGCCCGCCUUUAUCAAGAAGCUACACACUUAUCACGGGUUCGUGUACAAUUCGCCGAACGUUAGCAUCAUGUGCUGGGUAGAGUGCGCGCCGGUUUGCAAUAUCUCCUGGCUGAGGGACGACAUACCGAUGGAUUUCUCGAAAACGAACCGCUACUACGUCUCCAACGUCUAUCAUCAGCCCGAUCCGCGAACAAACGACUUCGAAAGCAUCCAGUCGACACUCGUUUGGAACCUGACCGCCUGGCCAAGCGGUCAACUCGACCGGCUCGAGGAUAACGUGAAAUUCACCUGUCAGAGCAGCAGUAACAACAUCGGACCCGGAGUGAACAGCAGCACUCAUUUCCACGUGGAAUUCCCCCCGGAAAAUAUGACGAUCUCGAAGAAAAUAGUAAAUGUCACGGUCGACACGAUACCGGAAAGAGUGAGCUGCAACGCGAGUUCGCGGCCGGAGCCUACGUUCCGGUGGUUCCGUGAAGGCUCGACGGACACCAUCAUGGAGGGCCGGGACCUCGACUUGAAAGUCGCUGUGCCGAGACGCAGCAACGGAACUUACUACUGCGAAGCGUCGAACCGCCAUGGAAACCGUAACAUUUCCAUGAUCAUGAACGUUCAGUUUAAGCCAGAGUGUCACGUGGAAAAGGAACGAAUAGACGGCAAGGAUUAUGUAGUGUGCUCUGCGAUAGCUAAUCCGAAAGAGACCGAUUUCGUUUGGUCUUUGAAGAGUGACAACGACACGUUGGAACAGGUUGCCGAGAUACGAAAUGGAAAGAGCUAUAUUCGACUCGAUACUUCGGUAACCAAUUUCCGAACAUACGUAUGUGUCGCGAACAACACCAUCGGCUACUCCAAUCCUUGUGAGCGGGACGUACCAGCUCACCACGGACAUCGAAGCCAUAUACCUUGGUGGCAUCAGCUAGAAGGAAAUCUCCUUCUGAUCAUCAUCGUAUCUGCAGUUGUCCUUAUACUUGUGAAAAUUAUCAUCUGCGUGGUGAUUUUCAUCGUCUGCAGACGCAAGCGUUGCCAGAUGAAAUACAGUAAUCGGGUGGUCGAGCUGGAGGAACGCGAACAUCCAGACGGCGGGCCACCGAGUCCAACGGUGUCCUCGCACUCGGCCCAGGUUCCGGUGCACCCGACACCAGCGCCAAGAUGGCCGCUGAAACCCGGUGUGCUGGUGCACAUCAAUCGGACCCAUAGCCUGCGGUCGGGUCUUAGCGUUCGCAAUAGCGAGUCCCUGCGAAACGAAUUGAUCGGCAGACAGGCCGACGUGCCUGUGACCGAUCGAUUCCUGAUGGAAGCGACAAUCACCAAAGUGCCGGCCAAAGUGUUCCGCCGGCGGAGGGAGACCGCGCAGAGGAGCCUGACUGUGACCUCCCUGAACGAUGAGGGUAUGCUUGCCAGGGCUAAUAAGAUUAAGGCCAUGUUUGGAGUGCAACUUAAAGAACAGGCUACUUUGCCCGGUAUUUCUAGGGAAAAGACAGCUGUGACUUACAAAAGAAUAGCGCCACGGCAGAGGAUAUUGCAUGCGGAAUCGUCGUGCGAAUUGAAUCGGGGCAACGUCUCCCGUAAGCGAAAAAAGCCGGGCGCAGAUCCCAAUCAAGCUGCGAAUAACAAUCACGUGAACAGCGUGUCGGAGGGUCUUCCCGAGUCCGGGGCGAAGACGUUUUACGAGAACCUACCUUUCCACGGGAUCCAAGCGCCGCCUAACAAGUUGGUAUCCCCUAUGUUUGCCCGAGUUUCGGCUUUGCAUGGCACGUUGCAUCACGCGAUCAUGAGCGCUGGCUGCGGCUCGCGGCCGCUCAGCAGAACGACAUCGCUCUGCGACGGUAGUUCCGGGUACGAGUCGACCAGGAGCCACCUAGGUCCGCACUAUAGCGAUUACAACAUGCCCAGGGGUAACUCGCCUGUGCCAAAGUACAACAGCUUGAAGCCGCGUCGCCGUAAGCAUAAACGAUCGCACUUCUAUUCGCUGAGGCUCUGCCGGCGACACGAGAACCACCCGCACAACAGGAAGUACCAACUUUACGCUAUACCGAUAUACAAGUGUCCGCAUAAGAACAACAGCAGCACCAGCACGUUGACGACAAUCGUCACGCCGGACACACCGUCAUUGACGACCCAUCAAUCCGUGCAGUCCAGCCGGUCGGACGCGGCGGCGGCAGCCAUUACGCCGGUAGCGGCCAUUACGUCGGCCCCAGCGCUGCCAACGCUGCCACCGCCGACCACACCGCCAGUUCCAGCGCCGAGGAAAUCCAGGAAAACCGAUCCCUCGAAACACACUUAUCAAAACGUCCCCCUUCCCGUCUUCCCGCCAAAAAACGCUUCGUUGCCUAAGACAAAGACCGACAGCCUAUACAACUACAAAGAACAUUAUCAGCAGCAACACCGUCAGGAAAUGCAGCAGUACAGCUACCCGUUACCGAGCAACAGUUCGAGCCAACUAACACUGCCACUAACGCGCAGCCUCUACCAUUCCUCGAUAGUUAGCCCCCUGCAAAACUCCUUCGUUCACGCUAACAACCGUCCGUCCACCCUGCCGCAUCACGAGACCGUCAAUCACUUGUCCGUGGUGCAUCCGGACGAGGACCAACAAACCUACGCGGCGAACCAGGACGCGAGGCAGCAGCAACAGCAGCAAUCGCGCCGCCACGUGAAUCGGUCGAACGAGCGAGGCCAGAAGUACCGGAAGCACAAAAGGAGCGAUCGCAAGCAGAAGCAAAGGCGAUCGGAGGCAAGGCGGUCGGACGCAUUCAACACGCCCGCCUGCGAGACCAGCUUCCAUCAAGUGCAGGAGCUCGGUAUACCCGAGACAUGUAAAAUCUCUUAUCCCCAUUACUACGAGGACAACAUCGCGGAGUGCCCGACCGAGUAUCACAGGCUGAACCCGGCCGGCCGGCAACAGAUCUGGGAACGGCAGUCGAAUCGUUGCCAAGGGGAGGGCACGUAUUACGCGGAUCCGCCCGCCGACACCAAGACCCGCAAUAAAUCGAAAAGACUGUCCUCCUCGUCGAAUCUCGGUGACGGACGAUCGCCGUCCGCGCCGACGAUAAUGCAGUACGCCGAGCUGCACUUCCGGGACGUCGGUCAGGAGAUCGAUGUCUGAAAGCCCUUCAAGCCGGAAUUUACGGAUCUCGACUACGCCGAUGUGGACUACCGAUCCUACGGGCCGAUCAACUACAAAGCUGCCAGCAUCGCGCUUCUUCAAAAGCAACAGGCGCAGAAACAACGGGAGCAACAACUACUGGAA